CAAGCGACCGAUGUGGCGCAAACAUGAGUAGAAAUAUCCUCGAUAGGCGUCGUCGUUUUAAGGGAUACACAGAAUCGAGCCCUCAAAACUGAACACACAACAGCCGUCCGACCGUCCAUCCUCGACGGCGCCAUUUUUGUCGUCUUCACCCUCAAUUUAGGGUCGGGGAUUAGGCCAUACUGUCGUCAGUCGUCCAGUGAAAGCUCAAAGCUUAAAGGUUGAUUUUCCAUUAAUAGAAUAGAAACGUGAAAAUGAGCUUCAUUUUAAGAAGGCAUAAUUUACCAAUGGGAUUAUCCAGAAAAGCUGUGGUGGCACUAAAUCCUAUUAACAUCAAUACGUUCAUUCAAAGAUUUAGUCAAGCUGCAAGGGAGGAGGAAGAGGGGGAAGAAGUGGAGAUUGAUCAGAAAAGGCUCCCAACUGAUUAUGAUCCAGCUACUUUUGAUCCCACAGAGCAUCGUAGUCCUCCAACUGAGCGUGUAUUUAGGCUUGUAGAUGAAGUCUCAGGACUCACAUUGGCUGAAGCUUGCCAGCUGGGAGCCAUUAUGAUGAAAAAAAUGGGAAUGAAGGACCCACCAACAGUUGGGGUCAUGAAACCAGGAGCUGCGGGAUUGGCUGGAUUUGCAGCAAAGGCACCUACAGCAGCCAAGGAGGAGAAGAAACCAGAAAAGACUGUUUUUGAAUUAAAACUUGAGUCCUAUGAAGCAGCUUCAAAGAUCAAGAUAAUCAAGGAGGUUAGGAGUUUUACUGAUUUGGGUCUCAAGGAAGCAAAAGACUUGGUAGAGAAGACCCCAUCAGUUUAAAAGGGAGUAUCGAAAGAAGAAGGUGAGCAAAUAAUUGAGAAGAUGCAAGCUCUUGGGGCCAAGGUUAUCAUGGAAUGAAAAGAAACUGAUACAAAAUUCGUGACUCCCUGCUUUCCAAGCCACGUCCUUUUUGUUGGCACUAAAGAUAUACUUUUGCCAUGCAAAUUCUGAGGUAGAAAAGUGUUUGAAAUCCUGGCGUAUGGAUGAAAGGAUUUGGAAAUCUUUUGUAUGUCAGGAUAUAUUCAGUCUUAUCAAUAUAUUGCGUUUUUUUCCUCUA